AUGGUCAGUAAGAUCCUCGCCGUGUCUGCCCUGGCUGCCUCUGCCUUGGCAGUCCCUGUUCAGUUGCCAGACACCUCGUCGCUAGACCUGGUAACCCUUCUAAAUCAGACGGCCGGGUUCAGCUACCUCAGCGAGCACGUCGGCCAGGUUCCUGCUCUAGCUGGCGCCUUGAACAGUCUCACCAAUAUCACUGUCCUCGCACCCAGCAACAUCGCUCUAAGACUUUUCCCCUGGGAUACCCGCUACUACGAAGAAUGGGAGCUAGCUAGCGUUGAUUUGUUACAGGCCAUACUUGGAUACCAUAUCAUCGAUGGCAUCCACACCAACUUGACGACUUCUUUCGCCCCGUACAAGACUGCUGUCAAACAGGCGCCAUGGACUACGGUCCCAGGCGGCCAAGUUGUUCUGGGACGCUUCGACACUCGUUCUUUCGAGACCGCUUUCAUCUCUGGUAGAGGUCUACUCGCCCAAGCCCCUACAUUCCGGGAGUUUCAGGGAGGCAUCAUCUAUGCUAUUGACAACGUCCUGAAUCUUCCUCGUGGUGUCGCUUACGAGUUGAACAACAAAGCAGCAAACGCCACUAACUUCAUUGCGGCUCUUGGCCGUGCUGGCCUAUUGGAUGAAGUUGAGAGUUUCGAUCAGGUCACCAUCUUCGCACCAAACGACGAAGCGUUUAGACAAGUUGAGAACGCCUUCUAUGGCCUUAGCAAAGCUGAACAGGCUGCCGUGCUACAGUACCACAUUGUUCCUAAUCAAAUUACCUACUCUUCGGAAUUCAAGAACGGCACAACUUUCAAAACUUUAGGCGACCAGGACAUCAAGAUUAACAAACAGCGACGAAACUUUAUCCAGAACGCACGCGUCCUUGGAAAUGAUGUUCCUAUCAAGAACGGUGUUGUUCAUGUAAUUGACCAUGUCCUGAACCCCGAGGCCACUCCCAAAGCUCAGAAUGCCACCCAGGGGGAUGGCGAGCCUGCAUUCCCUCUCGGCCCUGGCUUCUUCUAG